GUAAAUAAAUAAAAAAAAGGGAAAAGCCAAGCGAAACGGGAGAAAAAUACAAGUGCAUUAUGAUGAUGAUGUGUUGCCGGGUGCUGUCUGGACUCGGUUGAAUUCCAGAUCUGUGUCAAUAAAUUGCCUUAACAGAGCGAGAGAUCGACGCGCGCGUGAGUGUAAAGCUAAGUAUAGUUCAAUAGAGAGAAAAAAAACGGCCGAUAAACCGGAAGGCAAGAAGUAACCUUGCCCUUGUGGAAGCAAAAAACGUAACGAGAAUAAAGAAAAACAAGUAGUGACCAAAAAUGUGCGCCCUACUUUCGCUGGUGACGAUCGUGGCCCUGAUCGCGUCCCCAUCAUUGGCCGGUACACGGCCGCAGGAGGUGCGCAUCAACAAGUGCUGCCGGUUGGGCGAGUUUUACAACGAGUCGGCGCGGCAGUGCGUGGCCGGCGGGAUCGCCCGGUGGGUGCCACCGAUCUACCUGCCGGCGAAGAACAUCAUGUACAAGGAUAUCGGCUCGGCGCCCCCGUUUAUGAAGUUCGUCGAGCAACAGCUGCCCGAGUCCUGUCCGCUGCCGACGGUGUACGCCUCGAAUGCGGUCACGCUGAUGGGCAACGGGUCACUGUUCCUCAACCAAAAGCAUGUCCUGGUCGCGCUGGCGGACUACUGUGUCGACGAACGGGUGGCGCUGGUGUGCCGGACGACCAUUACCGGCGACGGAAGCCAGAUGGACUCGCUGGUGGCCCCGGAAACGACGAGCGUCGUGUGGCGCUGUUGUGGCCCGAACUUUGCGUACGACAAGGCGAACCGGACGUGCACGAAUCUGGCCCGCGGACACGAACUGUACGAUUCGCGCAUCGUCCACUCGCCCCACGUGGAGCUGAGCUACGGGUUUCCGGCUUGCAAGGAGCACGCGAUCGCCGGCAUCUACGACAAGUCGCGGCUGCAGGAGCAAACCGGCUCGGUGAUGAUCGAGUCCGGCAAGAUCUUCACCUCGAGCGAGUACUGUCUGGAGCACGUGCUAGAUGACGAUCGCACAGUUUACGUGUUCACGUGCUCCGAACACUUUCAGCCCGCCUCGGUGCCCAUCGCUAGACAGGACGGUCGUUUUGCGCUGUACUCGGCCGGACUGUUGAUUUCGACCAUCUUUCUGGCGGCCACAUUGGCCACCGGAUUGCUGGUGCCGUCGCAGCAUCACGUCCUGCAUUGGCGCUGUCAAACGCACUACGUCGCCUGUCUGUUGGUGGGCGAUCUGCUGCUGGCCAUCACUCAACUCUCCGGCAACUCCAUCACCGGCCCCGGCUGCACGAUGAUAGCCACCAUGAUGCACUUCUUCUUUCUGGCGGCGUUCUUCUGGCUCAACACGAUGUGCUUCAAUAUCUGGUGGACUUUCCGCGAUCUCCGGCCGACGUCGCUGGAGAAAAGCCAGGAAGUCUGCCGGCUGCGGAUCUACGAGGUGUACGCGUGGGGUGUCCCGCUGGUCAUUGCCGGCGUGGCGGCCAUUCUCGACAACCUGCCGGACAGCAGCGAUUCCUACUUGAAGCCACGGUUCGGCGAAGCCCGUUGCUGGUUCUUCGGUGACAUGGAAAUGCUGACCUACUUCUUCGGACCGAUCGGAAUUCUGCUCGGCAUCAAUCUGCUGCUGUUCGCUUCGACCGCCCGUCAGCUGACCUGUGGCCUCUGGAAGCGGGAUGACGUCAAGUCGACCACGGAACGCCGCGGUUUGGUUUCUUCUCCCUCUUACAGUGCCGCCCUCGGGCGCGUCUGCCUGAAGCUGGUCGUCGUCAUGGGCGUAACCUGGGUGGCGGACGUCAUCUCGUGGGCCGUCGGCGGCCCGAACUACAUCUGGAUCGUGACCGACCUGAUCAACGCGCUGCAGGGCGUCUUCAUCUUCAUCGUCGUCGGAUGUCAACCGCAGGUCUGGGCCGCCAUGAAGCGUUUGUGGAACUCGAAAACUGGCCGAUCGUUCACGAACACCACGCACGGUCCGCAGCACUCCAGCUCGUCGCACGGUCUGCCAUCGAUGGGCGAAUCGAUCACCAACAACACCUGCACGAACAAUACGACGACCACCACCUCGAACCGGGUCCCGAUGGAGACGGUCUGCUGAACGGCUGAUGGAUUCUCGGUGGACCAACGCAAACGGGGCGAUGGACCGGGCUAAAGGACGAUGCUGACGGGAAAGAUUGAAACAACACGGACACGAUCGGACGCGCAGAUCGCAUCGACGAGGAGUGGAGUGACGAUGGCCACGCCGUGAGCAGGAUCGCUUUCACGGUUGGUGGUCGGACAGCUUGGUUUUAAUCCCGUAGGCAUAUCAUAGUAUCCAGACCCCCACACUAUCACCGGACCCGCGAUCGGCUUCUGUUGGUCCAUCGAGAAGCCAGCCAGCGCAAGGCCAAUACCGAGCCCCACACUUACAACAGAGCGCGAGUUGAAGGGAACCAAAUUGUGCGGACAAGGAAUCGAAUCCGCGGGCACGCCGGAUCGUAGAUUUGGCCACCCUUUUGACGAAUCCGCGGAAAGUGCCGCGGGUUCUGCUAGUGGGUGAUGUGUAGCAUAGAAUCCGUCACGCGCGGAAAACGUAUACUAACGCGAUAAUAAU